AUGAUUAGAGGGUCUGGGGUAAUGCGUGAUAAUUCAAAGGGGUUCGUUGUGUUGCGUACCUGUUUUGGAAACUGGGAUGCUGUCAUGCUCCGAAAUGAUGGUGAAAAGGCCGUAUUAGUGCGAGAUGAGCAAAGAGUUGCUGAAGUAACGUUGAGGAUUUCUAGUGAUCGACGAGUUUCUAGUUUGUUGAUGUCAAAAUGGAACUCACAAUGCUUUUCAGUUCGAGUAGGAAAUGUAUUGUAUGAGGCAGGACCAAUUGAACUGGAUAUUGGGGAUGAAAUUCAACUUGUACGUGUUGGGAAGUGGAAUGAUGAGGAUGGGCUUAGUUUUCGCGUAGAGGCGAUGGAGAGUUUGGGUGGAAAAGGUGAUGAAAAUCUGCAGGAUUCUUCCUUGAAAGGAGAAAAUGAGAGGUGUGCGAUUCCUUCCCAAUUAUCUAACGUCACUUCAGAGGAUAGUGCAUGGCGUCUCUUUCUGAAGGAUCGUUUGACAAAAAUCGAUGAGAAGUUUUCUAUGUGGCUAACUUUAUAUCCAUCCUCUUUCUCUGAUGUUUCUGUAGAUCAUAAAACCCUGGCGUAG